AGCUAAACUCACCUCCUCAUAACCCGUAUUUAUUUACAUAAUUUAAUACAUCCUUUCCAAACUUACGCAACUUUUUAACCAUUUCUUCUAGUUAAUAAUUUUCUAUGUCGGUAUAUUAUUAUUAAAUUGUUACCCAACUAUAUCUAUAUCCUACUUAUAUCAUACCUACCUUACCUACCUAACCUAAGGUACAAUACCUCUAUCAAACCAUGUCCUUGAUACAGGAGUGGGAUUCCUACAAGACACCUCCCGCUAAGGAGGUGUCACCGGUACCCGAAGUCGGCUCUCCCGCACCCGUACAUCCCAACCUCACUCUUCCGACGGACAAACCUACCAUCAUCGUCUUCCUUCGCCAUUGCGGUUGUCCAUUCGCCGAAAAGGCCUUCAAGAACCUCACCGCGUUCUCGGUGCAAUACAAGGAGGUGCACUUCGUCGCGGUCUCGCACUCGUCGGACGAGGCCACGGAGCGCUGGGUCGUGCAGGUGGGCGGCAACUGGGAGGUGCAGGUGGUGGUGGACUACGAGCGGGAGCUGUACGCGAAAUGGGGCUUGGGCAUCGGGACGACGUGGCAGAUCAUGGGGCCCAUGUCGCUGUACAAGACCUUCCGCCUCGGCAAGGACGAGAACAUCUGGAACCGCCCGACCGAGAGCGGCAACCGGUGGCAGAACAGCGGCGCCUACGCCAUAGAUCAGGACGGCAUCGUCAGGUACAGCAGGGUCGCCGCCUCCUCCAGCGAACUCCCCGAUCUCGAAGCCGCCCUGACGAGUCUUGGCGUAAAGGUCAAGCCGAAACCACCACCGGCGCCGAGGACUGAUGGAUUCUUGUGAGGAGGGGAGGGGGCAAAAUUGGGCAUCGUACUCGCGUUCACGGUGCCGUCCUACACUUCGAGGCCUAGAGCUAUGAGGUGUGUCGGACGCUUGCCGUGGAAAGCAUUACGAGUCUUUGCCAAUGAGGGAGGCAGAUUGGUGUGUGGAAGAGCGAUUUACGUGACCUUUGAUAGACUACGAGUUUUGAGACUGGAAUUAAUGAUGAUGAACGACACAAUUAGGAUAGCUGGUUUGAUAGAUAGCCUAUAUCGAUUUCUAUUGAAACAGUACCUACCAUUUUACCGUCUGUU